AAAACAAUUCCCCAAACCCUCGUCCGGCUUCUCCGGUGCAGAGGCCGCGGCGCACGAGCUUAGAAGAUGCCGAAGGUCGGCAGGCGGCGCACGGGGGAGAAUCCGGAGAAGGAGAGGGGAGCGGGAGGCGGUGGCGCACAAGGUGAGAAGAUGCCCAAGGCCGGCAGGCGGCGCACGAGGGGGAAUCCGGAUCUGGAGACGGAGAGGGAAGCCAAGAAGAGAAGCCUGGCAGAGGAGGCCUCUCCUUCAGCGAUGUUUGCGGCCUUUGAGCGUGGCGAUGCCCCUCAAUCCGAAGCAAAAUCAGAGCGUGUCUAUGAUGUGGUCGAGUCCGUGACGGAGGAAUCCUCCGGUUCCCCCAUUCCUCUGCUCCACGAACCCUACAUCCCUGACGAGCUAGCUUCCCAUCCGGGCAUACAUCACGCCUUUGAGCUUGCCGAAGCCAAAUACAACGCAGAAAAAGAUCAUCGGUAUGCUUUGUUCACCAUGGCUCGCGGCCCUCCGCACUCGUGUCUGUUUAAUGAGCGGAGGCUUCUUCCAAUCCGUGAAACCGCAAAAGACGCGGUGCUUCUUGCAUCCGGAUCCGUCGUUAGGCUCUCCUCCUCUCUCGGCCGCGUGCCACUGAAUAAGUGCUGUGGGUUGUGGUUCCAACAGGAUGAAGAGAAGAAAACCGCCAUUGUUUUGACAUCUGCGCACCUGGUUCGCAAACAGGAUCCCUCGGUGAUGAACCAGUGGACAGGAAAAUAUCACUGUGAUGCUCGGGUCAUUGUUCACUUGCUUGAUGGCACAACUGCAAGAGGCAGUCUCCUGUACCUCCAGGAGCAUUAUGAAAUUGCUCUUUAUGAGGUUACAAUGCACAAACCUGUUGAGUUGCCCACUUUUAAUGACACGGUGCAUUCGGGUCAAGAUGUUUUCAGACUUGGAAGAGAUGAUGAAAGUUUGGAUUUGAAGAUAACUCAUGGUAGGGUGGAAUACAAAAUUCCAGUCCGACAUGAGAGAUGUCACUACCUGUAUUUUUCCUCUGAUGAAUCUCGUCACCGUUUGUUGCAUGACGAUGGAGGGCCCAUCAUUAAUUUAGAAGGGAAGGUUGUGGGAUUGGUUAACAAUCAUAUAAAUGAGAGUUUUGUGCCUUCAUGCAUAUUACACAAGUGUUUAGAUUUCUGGAGGAGUUUCCAGUGCAUGCCACGGCUGCAUCUUGGAAUGACCUUUACUUCCAUCAAGCUUUUAGACCCUGUAUGUAUCGAGAGGAUGAAGCGUAAGCAUAACAUUGAGUCCGGUCUCAUUGUUCAACAGGUGUCAAAAGGAUCGUAUGCCGAGAAACUGGGAAUCCGCAAAGGUGACGUUAUUGAAGGUUUUAAUGGAAAAUAUGUUUCUACGACGGUUGAGUUGGAGAGCAUGUUGGUAGACAUCUGCUGGGAUCAUUUUGAUCAGAGAAAUAAAUUAUAUGCAGAAAAAGAUGUUUCAGUUCUUAUAUUUAAUGCUGCCAAACUUUGCCGAAGAACUAGAAAUUUGACUGUAGUUGUAUCAGAUUUUGGAGAGGAUAUUAUAGAAGGCACUUAUCCUGUCACGAUUGAAGAAUAAAGAGGUCAUGUGAGUCUUUUGUGUUUCUUGAGCUUCGAGAAAGACACUUGGCUGCUGCUGACCUUCAUGGAUGAGUUAAUGGAACUAACCCUUGCAUGCCAAUUACAGAUCAAGUUCGGCGUAAUCUUUUUUGCUGUCAGACAAGAACUUCAAAUUAUGGUGCCUUUGAACCGUAGAAGCAACUUAGCUUAGAGCAUAACCCGUACGUUAGUGUAGAACAUGUUAUUGGCUACCACUUAUGUUGAGUGGUGUGAAACUCGCAUCCUAUCUGUAUGCUAGACUGAAAUGUUUGGACCGUAGCAGCCACAUAGCUCGGGAUGAUGAAGUUUUCAAAAAGCCAAGCGCGAAGAACUGUAACUGAGUUUUCAGGUAGUCUCCUCUCUGGCUCCAGGCGUUUUAAGGAAUCAUACCAUACUGUUGGAAAGCCAUUGUGUGCUCAAACUCAAACUUUGCACCAUUGUGUGAAUUAUCAUGGAUGAGUUCAUCACCACCACUCUGCUCCGUCCAUCAUAUGUUGAACCAUUGUGGGAAGCAAGCAUGUUUGAUUCCCUUGCCCAUGAGUCCUGCGACAUUGCAGAAUGGUGGCCAUGGCCAGGCCCAGGCAUCUCUAUGCAAUUCUGCGGAGUCUACAUAAUGCUGCUGAACUGACGUGCGACUUUGCAGGCUAAAGGUACAUCAUGUGAUCCUUCAGACUUGCUGAUUGGAUCAAGAAAGUUUGUGGGAUGUGAGCUCCUCCUUCCUUAUCAAGAUGACAGGUCAGGCUGGGCAUUCGGUUAAACCGAACCGACCGGUUCGGUUCUUCGGGUUUUGAACAAAUAUGGUUUUCAAAAAAUGAUUACCGGUUGGUCAUUUGGAGAACUGCUAAGCGAGAAUUCGGUGAACCGAGAUUUUGGUUCAACCCUCGGUUUAAGACCAAACAUGAAUAUAUGCUUGUGGUUCCUACUCUUAUGCCAAGACAAGUAGCUGGAUAACACAAGUAAUUAUAAUCAAAUAACUGAAACAGUGUGCUAUUAUUAUUAUUGUUAUUUCCAUUCAA